AUGGGCGACAUACCGAGUCCGGAAGUCGCUAAUGCCGACGCAACUGCUUUCCACACGAGGGGCUACCAACAAGAACUCCUUGAAGCGAGCUUGCGAUCCAACAUCAUCAUAGCGCUAGGUACGGGAUCAGGCAAAACUCACAUCGCUGUCCUGCGCAUGAAGCAUGAAGCAGAGCGGGAACCACGGAAGGUGUCCUGGUUCCUUGCACCUACUGUGGGACUGCUGAAACAACAAUUCAAUGUCAUUUGCAAGCCGUCCCGGUUCCUGUACCAAUGGAAGGAUCAAGCACUUUGGCGACGUGUCCUUGAGUCUCAUAGAAUCAUCGUCUCUACGCCACAGGUCCUGCUAGACGCACUCAGACAUGGUUAUGUUGACCUGGGCAUCGACAUAGGUCUCCUUGUCUAUGACGAGGCCCACCAUGCGAUCGGUAAGGAUCCGUACAACAUGAUCAUGAAGGACUUCUAUUUCUCCCUGGACAAACGCGGUCCGGAUUCUGGACCCAAUAUCGAACGCAACCUCGACAGCACCAUCUGCUCAUCGCACACGCAUCAAGAGGAGCUCGAUCAAUGUGUUCACAGGCCAGACCCCACACGCAUCCUCUAUCACUCGCCGUCAUACGAUUGGGAUACACUACCAUCUCAGAACAUACUCUCGCUCAGAACAGUCGUCGACUCGCUCGAUAUCGAGAAUGAUCCGCACGUGAAAUCUUUGCGCGGUCAGCUGGCGCGAGCGCAAUCAGCCGAUGAACGGCAACGCAUCGACCAGAGGCUGUCGGAGACCAUUCACAAGGCAGACACCUUCACGCAUCAGAGUCUCAGGGACUUCUGGGCAGCAGACUGGUACAUCGUCAAGGUCAUCGAGCACGCCCGCCGCGCCGCGAACCCCCACAACAACAUUACAACUAGCUGGCGAGCCUCGAGCGAAAGCUUCCGCUACCUGCUCGACAACCUCGACAAAGUGAACCUCGUCCCCAUUUAUACGGAUCCAGACGCGAUCCAGCAUACGCUCACACCGAAGGUCCGAGCGCUGAUCGCGUGCUUGGUCGCAGAGAAGAAGGAUUUUCGGCCCGCGGGUGAGACGUACAGCGGCCUCAUCUUUGUGAAGAGGCGAAACACGGUGAUUGCCCUAGCGGAAGUGCUGUCCCGACUCCCAGAGACUGCACAGCUCUUCCGCAUCGGCUGUCUACUAGGAAGUUCGUCGAAUUCUGGAUACAAAUCCUCCCUCGACAUCACCCAAGAUCCAGAGAUCGUGAAGGAGUCGCAGGCAAACACGCUACAGGAGCUUCGUGAAGGUAAAAAGGACUUGCUUGUGUCCACCUCCGCAUGCAAUUGCGUCGUUUGCUUUGAUGCUCCUACAAACAUGGUCUCUUGGGUACAAAGCCGAGGAAGAGCUAGGAGGCAAAGGAGUAGCUUCAUCAUGAUGUUGGAGCAAGACUCGCGAAACGAGCAGGAUAUCCAGAAGUGGAUUGACGUCGAGGAACAGAUGACGGCUCUUGACACGGACCUGACCAUGGUGGCUCCGGAAAACUUUGAAGACGACGACGAUCUGGACGAGCGCACGUACCGCGUUGGAUCUACUGGCGCUGUCCUUACGCUCGAUUCUGCGACGAGCCAUCUCAAUCACUUCGCUGCUGUUCUGUCCAAUGUGGCGUAUGACGGACAGCUCGCGCUUUAUGACCUCGAUCCACCCGACUAUCCUGAAGGAUGGCAUUUGCCGCAGGGCCGUCUCAAGGAUGUGCCGCUAUAUCAGGGGCCUUGGGGUGCUACCGUCACGCUUCCGCGAUGCCUUCCGGCUCAUCUUAGGAAGUUCUCCACACCACGAGAACAUAGAUCGAAGCGGCUGGCACAAAAACAUGCGGCUUUCAAUGCCUACGUCGCGCUGCACGAUGCCAAGCUCCUCAACGACCAUCUCCAGCCUUUGAUAAGUGCAAUCGAGUCUAACGAAGGGGAAGUCAAGGAGUUGCUUCUUGCUAUUGAGAAGCGCGCUGGCACCGAGAAGGUGUCCAGCCAGAUGGAUCCUUGGGCGCUGAAGGCGAAUGAGGAGACGUGGUGGAAGGCCGAAAUGAUCAUCGAUGGCUUGCCGGCUCUGACCAUGCUGACGCCGAACCCGCUGCCCCCAUUCGCUAAGGAGGAGAUGCCGACGAUAUACAUCCCAGGUACGGGUGCCACUCAUGUCUCGGUGCGUCCGAUGGGCAAGGUGGACCAGGGUAAGGCCUACCUUGAGCGCGCUCGUACCUAUAGCCAUCGGAUGUUCUCGACCCUAUACUUCGCGCGCAUGAAGCCGGACGAUCGCGCCUUUGCCUACUUGUUCCUGCCUGCAGAGGAGGGCCCAGAUGAGCACUCCUGGGAGGACCGGCGAAAGUGGAUGCAAGAGCGGAUCGACCGCGGGGCCGACGUUCGUCUGGAGACAAACACGAGGGCAAACGCGGAUAUGCUGCGCCAGCAGUACGGCCUGCCGACAGAUCUGGCACUCAUUCGGCCGAACGAGAAGUUCGGCAAGCCCCUUCAAUUCGUGCGUUGGUUCAAUGGUCCGCUGAGUGCCGAAGACGAGGACAAGCUGCGGGAGAGAUACGAUGGCUUCCCCGACGCGACUACCACGCAUCCCUUGCUUCAGGUCAAGGAGUUCCCUCAGCGAGCGAACUUCCUUGCGCCGUUGGCUUCGGACACAGCUGGACUAGGCCGCGAGGAGGCAAUCUACCUUCUGCCCAAGUAUACGACCGUCGAGCUUGUAUCGAAGGAAGAUCUACAAUACGCCAUGUGGAUGUCGAAUGCCCUUACCGUCGUGUCGCUUCGCGAUGAGCUGUUGCCAGCGGACACAGUUUCCAAAGUUGCCUUCGAUCUCCUCCGCAUCGCUAUCACGGCUCCCGUUGCUCAAGAGAUGAUGGACAACGAGCAACCACGCGACUAUCAGCGACUCGAAAUGCUCGGAGACUGUGUUCUGAAGUGCUUGACAAGCACACAGCUCUUCGCUGACCAUCCCUCUUGGCCCGAAGCCAAAGCAGCUAUCGAGAAAGGCCUACACAAGUGGAUCAUUCGAGACCGGUUUGUACCGAGGAAGUGGAAGCCUCGCUACCUGUUGGAUUCUGUCGUCGAGGAACCAGAGCCUGAGUCUGAGAUGAAGCGCGCUGAAGAGGGGACGAAGGACGAAGGUAAGAAAAGGAAAAAGAAGCAGACGCAGGAAUUGUCAACGAAGGUGCUCGCGGACGUCGUAGAGGCAUUGAUUGGCGCCGCGUACGAGCACGGAGGCUUCGACCUUGCAGUGGAAUGCGUAGCGACAUUCGGGCUGGGGUUAUCAUGGAAGAAGCUUACGACCAACAUCAACGAUGUACUGAGAAGACAUGAAGAACUCGACGUACCUCCUCCCCGGCUCAGCCUCGUUGAACGCAUGAUCGGUUACGGUUUCAAACGUAAAGCCUUACUCGUACAAGCUCUGACCCAUGCGAGCUAUAACAGCAACUCGGCGACCAUGUCCUACGAACGAUUGGAGUUCCUCGGAGAUUGUGUAUUGGACAUGAUUGACUACAAGCCCGUGCACAUGCAUCGGCACAAAGAGGCUCUCGUCAACUCGCACUUCCUGGCAUACUUCUGUCUCAAGACGUUCACCACUUGCGAAUCGCUGAGCCCCUCGUGGUCGCCGACGAGCGGCCUGAUUGUCGGUACCGAGGAGCAGAGGAUCUACCUCUGGCAGUAUCUUCUGUACUCCAGUCACCGCAUGCCGGAGAGUUCCGCCUUUCUGCGGUUCGAGGAGAUUGGUCCUGAAAUUGAGAAAGCUCUCAAGCAAAAGACCAUAUACCCCUGGGCGGCACUCACCAGGUUACAGGCUCCGAAGUUCCUCAGCGACAUGAUCGAGAGCUUGCUCGGCGCCGUGUUCCUCGACUCCGAAGGUGAUUUCACGGCGGCGCGCAAUGUGCUGGGCGCCCUCGGCAUCAUGGACGUUCUAGAACGCAUCGUCGUGCGUGACGAGAUGGACGUGCUGCACCCCGUCUCGCGCUUGAAGAUCUGGGCCGCCCAGCAGAAACCGCAGCAGACGGUCGAGCUAGCUGUGGAGCCGACGGAGGGAAAUGAAGUUAGGAGUACUGGAGGAGGAGUAAGAGGAUGCAGGCAGCAGCUGGAGACGGAUGACGUGCUGGAGUACGACGGGCGACCUUAA